GGGGUACUGGGUUCCUACACGCCUUCACUUUAAAAGUUGUAGCCCGACAUCUCUGAAUAUCUUCCACAAUAUCCAAGACAGUUUUCACUUGAAAGACUACGGUAUUCUGUUGGACCAUGUGUGGAAUUUUUGCCUACCUGAACUACAGAGUGCCACGGACAAGGAAGGAGAUCUUUGACACGCUGGUAAAAGGACUGCAGAGACUUGAGUACAGGGGAUAUGACUCUGCAGGUGUCGGAGUGGAUGGCCCUAGGAGAAAUGACAAUGGUGACAAGGUCAACAUUUGCCUGAUCAAGAAGAGGGGGAAGGUCAAGGCUCUGGAUGAGGAGCUCUACAAGAAUGACUCCAUUGACCUGGACAUUGAGCUGGACACACACUUUGGCAUUGCUCACACCCGCUGGGCGACACAUGGAGAGCCCAACGCUGUCAACUGCCAUCCACACCGCUCCGACAAGAACAACGAAUUUGUUGUGAUCCACAAUGGCAUCAUCACUAACUACAAGGAGCUCAGGAAAUACCUGAAAUCCAAGGGGUACAAGUUUGAGUCAGAGACGGACACCGAGGUCAUCCCCAAGCUGAUUAAAUAUGUCUAUGACAACAGCGAGAACGAUUAUGUGUCCUUCUCCACCCUGGUGGAGCGCGUCAUCCAGCAGCUGGAAGGGGCUUUUGCUCUGGUUUUCAAAAGCAUCCACUUCCCGGGGGAAGCUAUAGCCACCAGGAGAGGAAGUCCUCUGCUGAUUGGCGUGAGGAGCAAGUAUGAGCUGUCUAUGGAACAGAUUCCUAUUCAGUACAACAGUACUGGUCACUUUAUAGAAGGCAUCCAGCAGAGGAACUUCAGGAACAGGGUGGACAGCACCGUAGCCUUGCACUCAGUCAGUGACAGGAAGGCAGUGGAGUUCUACUUUGCAUCUGAUGCCAGUGCCAUCAUUGAACACACCAACAAGGUGAUCUACCUGCGGGAUGAUGACAUAGCAGCGGUGGCCCAGGGAAAGCUGUCCCUGCACCGUAUGAGCCGCUGUGCCGGGGAGGACCCUAACCGGGCCAUCCAGACCCUACAGAUGGAGCUGCAGCAGAUCAUGAAAGGGAACUUCAAAGCCUUCAUGCAGAAGGAGAUUUUUGAGCAGCCAGAGUCUGUCUUCAACACCAUGAGAGGAAGGAUCUGUUUUGACACCAACACAGUGGUCCUGGGGGGGCUGAAAGACCAUCUGAAGGAGAUCAGGCGCUGCAGACGCCUCAUCCUGAUUGGCUGUGGGACCAGUUUCCAUGCUGGAGUGGCGACCAGACAGAUUCUGGAGGAGUUGACUGAACUACCUGUGAUGGUGGAACUGGCCUCUGAUUUCCUGGACCGCAUCACUCCUGUCUUUAGAGAUGACGUCUGCUUCUUCAUCAGCCAGUCUGGUGAGACAGCAGACACCCUGAUGACGCUACGUUACUGUCAGGGCCGCGGAGCUCUGACGGUGGGCAUCACCAACACAGUGGGCAGCUCCAUCUCUAGGGAGACAGACUGCGGUGUUCACAUCAACGCCGGCCCUGAAAUCGGCGUGGCCAGCACCAAGGCGUACACCAGCCAGUUUGUGGCCCUCACCAUGUUUGGUUUGAUGAUGAGUGAGGACAGAAUCUCCCUGCAGAAGAGGAGACUGGAGAUCAUCAACGGAUUGAGGAUGCUGCCAGGGUUGAUUAAGGAGGUUCUGACUCUGGACGACCAGAUCAAAAACAUUGCAAGCGAGCUGUACCAGCAGAGGUCCCUGCUGGUUAUGGGCCGUGGAUACAACUACGCCACCUGUAUGGAGGGGGCGCUGAAAAUCAAAGAGAUCACGUACAUGCACUCAGAGGGCAUCCUGGCUGGGGAGUUGAAGCACGGUCCCCUGGCUCUCAUCGACAAACACAUGCCUGUCAUUAUGAUCAUCAUGAAAGACGCCUGCUACACCAAGUGUCACAACGCUCUGCAGCAGGUCACUGCACGCCAGGGGCGGCCUAUUAUCCUGUGUUGCCAGGACGACCCUGAGAUCACUAAGAAUGCUUACAAGACCAUUGAGUUGCCACAGACAGUGGACUGCCUUCAGGGCGUCCUCAGUGUCAUUCCUCUCCAGCUCAUGUCCUUCCACUUGGCUGUGCUCCGAGGAUACGAUGUGGACUGCCCCAGGAACCUAGCCAAGUCUGUGACAGUGGAGUAACUACUAGUUUCAAACCAGUCAAAAUACCGUAGUGCAGUCAGGCGUGUCUUUCUCUGUACUGUGUGUGUGUGUGUGUGUACUGUGUGUGUGUGUACUGUGUGUGUGUGUGUACUGUGUGUGUUGGCAGGUACUGAAUGUGUAAUUUUAACUGGGUAUUUAUCAGGGUUUGGGUCAAUUUGAAUUGAAGGCAGUCCAUUCAGGAAGUAAACUGAAAUUCCAAUUAAAUUAUUGAGAAAAUGUAUUUUCAAUGACUUUUCAAUCAACUUAAAAGGAAAACCUAUUUAAAAAUGUUGGGAUUUUCAAUUAAAAUCCUGAAUUUACUGACUUCAAUUUGAAUUGACCCCAACCCUGGUAUUUAUGGUAGACGUUAAACUCUGAAGAGUCGUCAUGACUAAAGUGGUGUGUUGGAGUUCUAUCAGUGAGUUAAAAUCAAUGAUGCUUACUCAAUAAGUGCCUUGUGAAUGUUUAUUUUUUUAAAUUUUAUAUAUACAUAAGGAAGGGACAUCUAUAUUCUGUUUACUGCUCGGCACUGAAGCAAAGGAACAAUGUCAGAGCCUAUUGUUUACAUUUAGUCUCGAAAUGUUUACAGUUGUGCAAUACGUAGACUGACAAGGACUAAAGUGUCUUGGUGUUUGUUUGUAAUAGCUCGCACAUCAUUUAAUUUGCAUGAUGCCUACUAUACCUUUUUAAACAGUGAAGGAACAGUUGAAUCUUAACAUUACAGAAGGUAGAGAGAUAAUAUGCUUUGACAAUUAUGUAUUCCAACUCUAUUUCUCUGUAUUUGUUUGAGCCAAAGAGAAAACAAGCAAAGGACUGUUGGCUAUGUGGACAAUUUCUCGUUUGAUGUCCUCUUUACAACGGGAAGAUAUCUGAGUACUUUGAGGCUGUUACUGUAUAACGCCCUUAUCAUAUGCAAACUAUUUUAGACCAAACGCGUGUACAUGUACAUUGCGAUAUAUGUUUAAAAUUGUAGAUAUUUAUUGUAUUUUAUAUCUGAUUAUUAGUCUUACAUGUCUAAUUUUGAAUAGGCCAGAAUCUGUCCCCUAAUCUUUGACUAUGUAUAUUACUUUUUUAACAUUUUUAAAUACAAUUCUUUUUUUGCCUUUA